UAAAGUUUGUACUUAAACUAUUGUCUUCUAAUCAGAAACCUUCUUGUACUCGUCUUUCAGUUUGAUAUUGAUUUGGUAAACCUGCUUUUGGGUCUCUGGUUUUUCUUUCAAUACAAUUUCCAGUCUCCACUUUCUCUGAACUGUCUAUUGAUUCUCUGCGUUCUCUUCUUCAAUCCCAUGAGAGAUAGGGAUUUAGUUUUUUUGAGUAUAUCAAUAUAUGCUCCUAUUUAUCUUUUUGCAGUUUCAGAGGUUGGGUCUUCUUUUUAAUCAUUUGUUUAUGAAUAGGUUAAACAAAAUCUGAUUUUAAGGGUUUAUUGCUUUUAUCAGUUUCUGCUUCUGACCAGAUUGAGUGAUUAGGGGAUUUUCCCCAAAUUGAGGAGAUAGUCCUCACAGCUUCUUCUCCAAGUUGAUAGAUUUUUGCCCACUUCACAUGGUUCUUGAUGAUCAAAAGAUGAUGGAAGGUUCUUUUUUUAAAGAAAACCAGAAGAAGAUAAUGUGAUUUCAAAUCCAGAGUGGACACCAGGGAACUUGUUGAGGAACUGCCAUGGCUUAUGGUAGAUCAAAAUCAGUAAGAUUUCAAGAUGAUCUUGAACUUACAAAAAUCACGAACAGAGGAAAUUACAAGAUUGAUCUCGAAUACAAGUUUGAUGGAACACAUAUAUCUGAACCAAGCUCUAAGAAAGCUAAUAGGGAUGUACCUGAGAAGGUAGGGGGGUCAUUCAGAUCUAAAUUACUGCCCAGAGUCUUCUCUGAGGACCAUGAGAGAAAAAAGAAGAGGAUAUUGGAUCCUCGAGGACCAGUGAUACGCAGAUGGAAUAAAAUUUUCUUGGGAGCAUGUUUAAUAUCUCUUUUCGUGGAUCCUAUGUUAGCUUACUUGCCGGAAGUUGAGAUUACUGAACUGUGCGUAGCUAAAGGGAUGUCCCUCAAAGUUGCACUUACUAUUAUACGAUCGAUAGCAGAUUUAUUUUACUUCGUAAAUAUAUUUAUUCGAUUCCGAACAGCUUAUGUUGCUCCUUCCUUACGUGUAUUUGGGAGAGGGGAGCUUGUUAUAGACCCUACGAAGAUCGCCUUGAGGUACUUAGCCAGGAGCUUCUGGAUUGACCUUGUGGCUGCACUUCCUCUUCCGCAGGUUUUAAUUUGGGCGAUAAUGCCCAAUCUAAGUAGUACAACAAUACUGACCACUGUCAGGAAUUCACUUCUCCUCCUCAUCAUCUUCCAAUACCUCCCGAGGUUAAUUCUUGUAUUUCCAUUAUCAUCUCAAAUUGCAAAGUCCACUGGGGUUAUGACAAACACGGCGUGGGCAGGGGCUGCUUAUAAUCUGAUGCUCUUCGUACUGUCAGGCCAUGUAUUAGGAGCUUGCUUCUACCUUUUACAAAUUGAGCGACAAGAGUCAUGUUGGAGAAAGGUCUGCAGAAACGAGACAUCUUGUAAAUAUAGUUUCUUUGACUGCCAUGAGAAGGACAACCCUAGUAGGGUCAAUUGGUUCAGUUCCAGCAAUGUCUCAACUCUAUGUAUUCCCGAUUCAGAUCCAAACCAUGGCUUUGUUGAGUUUGGUAUAUAUGGUGCUGCAGUUAACCUUUCAGUUGCCAACACAACAUUUAUUGAAAAAUACUUGUACUGUCAGUGGUGGGGUCUGAUGAACUUGAGUUCUUUAGGACAGAAUAAUACAUUAAGCACGUACGUUGGAGAAUUAAUGUUUGCAAUGACCAUUCCAAUUCUUGGAUUGGUGCUUUUUGCAUUGGUUAUCGGAAAUAUUCAAACAUAUCUCCAAUCCAACUCAACCCGAUUGGAAGAGUGGAGGAACAAGGCAAGUGAUGCAGAGCAAUGGAUGCGUCACAGGCAGCUACCACAAGAUUUGAGGCAAUCGGUACGAAGAUAUGGCCAAUACAGGUGGAUUGCAACACAAGGAGUUGAUGAAGAAACCCUUCUCAAAGGUCUGCCAUUUGAUUUUCGAAGAGACAUCAAGCGUCACCUCUGCUUGGAACUUGUUCGACAAGUUCCACUGUUUGAUCAAAUUAUGGAUGAACGGAUGUUGGAUGCUAUAUGCGAGAGACUGAAGCCUGCUCUACGCACACAAGGUGCAUGCCUAGUGCGCGAGGGUGACCUUGUCAAUGAGAUGCUCUUCAUCAUCCGAGGUCAGCUAGACUCUUACACUACCGAUGGUGGGCGAAUAGGGUUCUUCAAUUCAUGUCGUAUUGGCCCUGGUGAUUUCUGUGGUGAGGAACUACUGACAUGGGCACUAGAUCCACAACCCAGUGUCAUCCUCCCAUCAUCCACACGGACAGUAAAGGCAAUUUCUGAGGUUGAAGCAUUUGUACUCAGUGCUGACGACUUAAAGUUUGUAGCUUCACAAUUCCGAAAGCUUCAUAGCCAGCAACUUAGAGACACAUUCAGGUUCCACUCACACCAAUGGCGCACUUGGGCUGCGUGUUACAUACAAGCAGCAUGGAGGAGGUUUAAGAGACGGAAGGAAAUGGGUGAAGGCAGAGCUGGGGAGAGCUCCAUGGCAACCUCACCUGAGCAUGACCCAGAAUCUAAACAAGUGGGUACGACCCUGCUACAACCUGGCAUGAGCUUAGCUGCUACGUUUACAUCACGGCUAGCAGCAAGUACCAGGAGACGCAUAGGAGGCAGUCGCAAUCCUGUUGUUAGCUCAUAUCAAAAACCAGCAGAUCCUGACUUUACAAUAGAGGAUGAAUGAACUUGUAUGUUUAUUAAACAGUAGUUAUUUGUGUUAUGUACCUACCUCUAGGAAUACUGAUCUUCUUUUCUUUUUUGGGUGAACUCUAGGCAUACCAAGUCUGUGUCAAUGGUGUGAUACUGUGAUUCAUGUUGAUUCUUAAAAAAAUCAUCUCUCUUUAUUUUUUAUACAAUUAGUAACUUAUAUA